AUGGGCAACCUACAUUCGAAAAAACGCAAAGAAAGACCCAGCGUCAUCCGAACAGACAGUGAUAUACCAGACAAUGAAUACUCCAACACAACAGCGACGUCAAUGAACUCGAUACUCGUCAAUCACAACAACAAUAGCAACCUCGCUUCCACCGACAUGUCACAGCAGCAACACCAUCAGCCAGAUGCCAGAAACCAAGAUUAUCCAUUCCCAAAUGCCAUGUCACCGAAAAACACUGUAGAAACUCCCAUGUCGACCAGCAAUGCCAACAGCACCAACGAAGAUCUUAAUCAAGAUACUGUCAUGUCUGCAAAUCAGAUAAGCAUCAACUCUCAGAACCAAUUGACAGCCUCAUCAGCGCAAUCAUUCGGAAAAAACUUGGAUGUGGAUGAAUGCAUCAAUCGACUGAUAGAAGUGGGCACCAGUGGAAAAGUGACAAAAUCCAUAUGCUUUCGAAACUCGGAAAUUGUGGCUAUUUGUCGAGCAGUGCAUGAAGUGUUUAUGAGCCAGCCUACACUGAUCGAAUUGAAUCCUCCAGUCAAAAUCAUGGGCGAUAUCCAUGGCCAGUACCAUGAUCUGAUCCGGCUGUUUGAGAUGGCAGGGUUUCCGCCAGAUUCGAAUUAUCUGUUGCUUGGGGAUUAUGUGGAUAGAGGCAAGCAAAGUUUGGAGACGAUACUGCUGUUGUUUUGUUACAAGAUCAAGUAUCCUGAAAACUUUUUUUUGCUGAGAGGAAACCAUGAAUGUGCCAAUGUCACUCGAGUGUAUGGAUUUUACGACGAAUGCAAGCGUAGAACAAACACCAAAGUGUGGAAGACAUUUGUGGAUGUAUUCAACUCGUUGCCGAUAGCAGGAUUAGUGGCAGGAAAGAUAUUCUGCGUGCAUGGGGGUCUCAGCCCAUCACUGGGAGCAAUGGACGAUAUACGAACCAUCAUUCGACCCACCGAUGUCCCUGAAUUCGGCCUACUCAACGAUUUACUAUGGGCUGAUCCAUCCGAUACAGCAGUUGAUUGGGAAGACAAUGAGAGAGGUGUGUCGUACUGCUUUGGAAAGAAGAUUGUAAAUGAAUUUCUUUCCAAGUUUGAUCUGGACCUAGUGUGUAGAGCGCACAUGGUUGUGGAGGAUGGAUACCAGUUCUUUAACGAAAGAACACUUGUUACCGUGUUUAGUGCGCCCAAUUAUUGUGGUGAGUUUGACAAUUUUGGUGCCAUCAUGAGUGUGAACGAGGAGCUUUUAUGCAGCUUUGAGUUAUUGACACCCAUGGACCAUCCCGCAGUGAAAAUCCCUUAUAAAGAAGGCAGAAGACAAAGUCCUCCUAUGAUGGAAGUAGCUUCUUCUUUGGAAGAUUCCUCUGCUGCAAAUUGA